AUGUGCAGCCACAGACAAGCUGCUUUUUCCACAGAGGUGCUGAAUGAAGCUGCCAUACGCUGCUUCCUACAUUUCCUGGUUCAUGCAACCCAGAAAGACUUGCAGGUGGACUCAUUAACACUCAAGCUGGUAUCUGGGAAAGGUACAGACACAUGUCCUGAUCCCGUUACAAGAGGUAGAAUGCCAGCAUUUGGUACAACAUUCCAGGAGAGAGUCAAGGAAACAUGUUAUGAUGUGGUAUUGCGUCCUAUACCUGGUGCAUUUCGCAAAGAAGGCAUCCCAAUCACUUUGCUCCCACAGGACGGAAAGUAUGCUAGGUUAUCAGUGGAGAAACGCAAGAGAACCGGCAGCGGCUGCCGCCCGGCCCGGCCCGGCCCUCCCCCGCCACUCCCUUCCCUCCCCCCGCCGCACUCACAGCGUGACCCGGGAGACGGCGAUGCGGACGGGCACACUGCGCUCCUUGAAGGCGGUGGUGAUGAAGCAGCCGAAGGUUCUUGGGCAGAUCGCUCACCCCUGCAUGAGGCAGCCAGUCAAGGACGUCUUCUUGCUCUAAAGACUUUAUUGUCACAGGGUUACAAUGUCGACACACUAACAAUUGACCAAGUAACUCCACUCCAUGAAGCCUGCCUGGGAGAUCAUGUAGGAUGUGCAAGAAUCCUCCUCGAAGCAGGAGCAAAUGUAAAUGCUACAACAAUUGAUGGAGUGACACCUUUAUUUAAUGCCUGUUCAAGAGGCAGUGCAGCAUGCACUGAGCUUCUGUUACAGUAUGGUGCCAAAGCUCAGUGGGAGUCCUGUCUGCCAUCACCAACUCAUGAAGCAGCCAGCAGAGGUCACAGUGAAUGCCUGGAGGUACUGAUAUCCUGGGGUAUAGAUGUUGACCAAGAUCUUCCUCAUUUAGGAACACCUCUGUAUGUAGCUUGUGUUUCACAGCAGAUUCAUUGUAUUCGAAAGCUUCUUUACACAGGUGCCAACGUGCAGAAAGGAAAGCAUUUGCAAACUCCACUCCAUGCUGCUGCCCAGCAUUCUAGUACAGAGAUUGUAAAUUUACUCCUUGAAUUUGGGGCAAACAUAAAUGCCAAAAAUUCAGAUUUUAAAAGGCCUGUUGAUUUAGCUGCCCCAAGCAGUUUAGUGGAGGGACUGCUGCUCUUCCAUGAAGCCACACCAUCUUCUCUUUGUCAGCUCUGCCGACUAAGUAUCCGAAAUUACUUAGGAAGAGCUAGACUGCAUCUUGUUCCACAGCUUCAGUUGCCAACAAUACUUAAAAAUUUCUUGCAGUACAGAUAACGUAGUAACUAAUUGUUAGAAAUUUAAAUAUAGCAAGUACAUUUUCUUCUCAAUGUUUAUUGUACGUUUUAUCUAAAGAACUGCUGGGCGGAAAAAUAAAAGCCUUUUGCAUAUUGCUUUAAAAAAUUGUAUCUUUGACACCUGGGGUUGGUAAUGUAACAGUAAUUGGGAGCCAUUCAGCAGCUAGUGCCAAGGUGCUAAUCCAGCUGAAUUGAAGAAGUGUGCUGAUACUCUGGAACAUGAUUGUAUAACUUUCUCUUAACCCUUAAUAGCUUUAGUGCUGUUAACUUUAAUCAUGUCUAUGUUUUUAAAAUCUGUUUGACAUACCUGAACCACAAAGAGUUUCUUCAUUAUUAUUUGUAAAGUAUGUCCAUUUGGAGUCAAUAUUUUAUGUAUUUUUAAAUUUUUGUUGUUCAUGUACCUAAAAAUACUUGGUAAUGGGUUCAUUGUAUGCAUUGAGGGUGCACUAUAUGCAUUGAUAAAAAUAAAACAAUUAGACAUCAA